AUGCCUAAGAGGGUGGACUCGGAUGUUUCAUCCGCACCGACUAUCCUCCGGGAUGAAUCAAACAUAGAAUAUUCACAGUUCAAAAGACAUAUGCAACAGAAUAGGCAAUGCCCCACUCCACCCAAUGAAUCUGAAUCGGAGCACAGCUCCCAGGCCUCGAUCAGGGCCAUGCGCCGCAAUUUUAAUGUCAAUGACAUUCCUCUCCUCCAAGUUACAAACCCACACGAUGGCUCUGAUCAAUUCAACCCUACAAAUGAGGAAUCUGAAGAAUCAGGGUGUUCCUACGAUCUUCUUGCCCCGUACGAAGGGGACAAAGCCCCACUACAUUCGCUCGAGCGUCAAGCCGAUACGAUGUUCUCCACCGAGCAUAUGCUGGUCAUCUUGACCAAUCCUCAAUAUCUGGCACGGUUUCGCGAGUUUUUGUUGGCAGAACGCCCAAGGUCGAUUUUGGCUCUCACAUACUAUCUCAAUACAGCCAAGGCGAUGAAAGCACUCCAAUAUGCCAAUGCCCUAGUUCGGCUGUCGGUAGACGUACCCACUGCGGGUAUUGAGACCGCAAAGACCCCUGUGGGCUCGAUCACCAACCCUGCACUAGAGGCGCGGGUGCAGGAUGCGCUUCAAGCUUUGACAGCAGAGGAAUUGCCGGCUUUCAUUACAUCGACUUGCAUUAACAUCACAAGUAAGGUUGUUGAAGAACGUGUUCGCGGAACUCUUCCCGAGAAGUUUCAAAGGACUGCGGAUGCGUUGGCCGAAGUAUUCUGUUUAACAGACCCAUCGAGACCUGAUAACCCCAUUAUUUUUGCUUCUGGAGAAUUCCACCGCACCACACAAUAUGGCAUGGACUACGUUCUAGGCCGAAACUGUCGGUUCUUGCAAGGUCCCAAAACCAAUCCGAAUAGUGUGAGACGUAUUAGAGAAGCAAUUCAGGCUGGUCGGCAUCAUUCAGAGCUUUUCCUUAAUUAUCGGCGUGAUGGAUCUCCUUUUAUGAAUCUGUUGCAAUGCUCUCCGUUGUGCGAUAGUCAAGGUAAGGUUAAAUACUUUAUUGGAGCUCAAGUCGAUGUCUCUGGACUGGCGAUGGAGGGUGCACAGAUGGAAUCGCUUCAAAAUCUCCAGAAUCUUCAACAAAAGAUGGAAAAAACGCAACUUGCCGAUAACACCUCUGAAUACACUACAAACACCGAAAAAUCCGAAAAGCCUCAAAAGCCCAAGAGCCUCUUCGAAGAUCUAGGACAGUUACUCAGCCCACGAGAAGUACGGCUUGUGUAUGAGCAAGGAGGGAUGUUAUUCCACCCUGUCCCUGAUCAACUUAAUCCGAAAAAUAGCCGAUUAUUCAUCCCUGGUCCCGAAAAUGAUGGUGAGGUACGACUGAGUGAUCUCCAGUCUCCGACCCUAAGCGGAUCUCUAGCUGGUGUUUAUAAAAAUUAUCUUCUCAUCCGGCCAUAUCCAUCCCUUCGAAUUCUCUUCACCUCUCCAUCUCUACAGAUUCCCGGUAUGAUGCAAACUUCAUUCAUGUCUCGCAUCGGUGACACUGGCGAAAAGCGAGACAGUAUUUUACAGGCAAUGAUGACAGGUCGCGGUGUCACGGCUCGCAUAAAGUGGGUGACACGCUAUACUGACCAAGGCCGAUACCGCUGGAUUCACUGUACGCCAUUGCUGGCCAACAAUGGUCAGGUAGGUGUGUGGAUGGUUGUAGUGAUCGAUGAUGAGGAGGAUGAGAACUUUGUACGAUGGAAGGGCAACUGGCCUACCGACGUUUGA